AAACUGUCAAAGUCAGCUGCUUGUGUCAAGUCAGGUGACUUUUUUGGGUUUGUUCGUGAUUAAAAUAUUUAAAAAUUAACUCCUAAAAAAUGGCUUUACAUUCCGCAAUGAAAGGUAAAUUGAUAUCAGUGAUCGGGGACGAGGAUACCUGCGUUGGAUUCCUCCUGGGUGGAGUUGGGGAAAUUAACAAAAACAGACACCCUAAUUUUUUGGUCGUCGAUAAAAAUACUGCCGUGAGCGAAAUCGAAGAAACCUUCAAAAAGUUCAUGAAAAGAGACGACAUUGAUAUUAUUUUGAUCAAUCAAAACAUCGCGGAAAUUAUCAGGCACGUAAUCGAUAGUCACAACACCCCCAUACCUGCUAUACUUGAAAUUCCAUCGAAAGACCAUCCCUACGAUGCCAGCAAAGAUUCCAUAUUGAGAAGGGCCAAGGGUAUGUUCAAUCCUGACGAGAUGUUGUAAAUGUUCGUAAAUACAAACAGUGGCUUGCAUAGGAAAACGCCACUCUGUUGUUAGUAUUAAUGUGUUGAAAAAAAUAAAUAUCAAAUUACCUGAUUGUAAAUAGCAUUUAAAUUCUUUAAUUCCGGUUUUGAAUGUAUU